AAAGGGAGGGAAACAAGGCGCUCCCAGAGCCGUGGGAGAGAGUCUGCAUUGAAUAACACAGUCCAUUUUGGAUGGAGUGUUGUAAAGCAGUGUCCAUGCCACACAGAACGCUGGAAAUAAAAGGGAACAUUACUGCAGCUUCGAUUUCACCCUGAAGCAAGUAUUACAGGUGCUUCCUGCCGCUUGUCUGCUGGGAGACUCUGCUUGCCUCACUUUCCUCAGCUCACUUGUCCCCAUGCGUGUGGCAUGAUGGUGCUGCCAGUGGGCACAGGAUUAGUGAUGCACCUUCCCUCCCUCUCUCCCCAAGUGCAACUCUAACUGCUGGGCUUUUCUAGUUUCGCCAUCAGCUGAUCUCCCCAUGGCUCUGCCUUGGAUUGCAGCAGGGCUGGCCGGCUUGCUAGCGCUGCAUUUCUUACAAAAGACAUGUUUCCCUUACUUUUGGGCUGACCUCAUAUACCUUUUGAAAGUAGUGCGAUAUGGACUCCGCAUUGAGAUAUACAAGAGGACGGGCAGUGUUGUCACAGUGGUCGAUAACUUUAUGGAGCAAGCUAGACGGGUGCCAAACAAACCCUUCCUAAUAUAUCAGGAACAAGUGUACACCUACCGGGAUGUGGACAGAAGGAGCAAUCAGGUGGCUCAGGUGUUCAUGAAAUAUUCCCCUCUGGAAAAGGAGGAUACGGUAGCCAUGCUGAUGAGCAAUGAGCCGGACUUCUUGAAUGUAUGGUUUGGUCUGGCCAAGCUUGGCUGUCGCCUUGCAUUUCUGAACUACAACAUUCGCUCCAGAUCGCUGCUGCAUUGCUUCCACAGCAGUGGGGCCAAGAUGCUGAUUGUGGGAGCAGAUAUGGUAGAAACACUAGAGGAAAUCCUGCCAAAUUUACAGGAAGAUAAUAUCAGCGUUUGGGUAAUGGCAAAAGAAGUUUCAAUCAAAGGUGUGAAUACUAUUCUGGACAAACUGGAACAUGUAACGGACAAGCCAGUACCGCAGCACUUGCGUCAUGUCUCCAGCAUCAGAGCAGCAACUCUUUAUAUUUUCACUUCUGGGACUACAGGUCUUCCCAAGGCUGCCCUUAUUAGUCAACUGCAAACACUAAAAGGCGCUGCUGGCAUCUGGGCAUUUGGUGGCACAGAGGAUGACAUUGUUUAUAUAACACUUCCUCUUUACCAUAGUGCAGCCUCUCUCAUUGGAAUAGGUGGAAGCAUUUAUCUGGGUGCUACUUGUGUCCUGAAAAAGAAAUUUUCAGCAAGCCAGUUUUGGAUUGACUGUAAAAAACAUAAUGUUACAGUUGUUCAGUAUAUUGGAGAACUGUGCCGCUAUUUGUGUAACCAGCCUUUGAAAGAAGGGGAAAAAGAUCACAAAGUCAGAAUGGCAGUCGGAAAUGGUGUACGUAGUGACGUAUGGAAAGAAUUUAUCCGAAGAUUUGGGGAUAUAAAGAUGUGUGAGCUCUAUGGUGCUACUGAAGGAAACAUUUGUUUUAUGAAUCACACAGGAAAAAUUGGAUCUGUUGGACGAUCGAAUAUAUUUUAUAAGCUGCUGUUCCCAUUUGAAUUGAUAAAAUACGACAUUCAAAAAGAUGAGCCAAUAAUUAACGAACAGGGCUGGUGUGAACGUGUUAAAAAAGGGGAAACAGGACUUUUAAUAUCACAGGUGAACAAAAACAACCCUUUCUUCGGCUACGCGGGGAAUAAAAACCACACAACUAAAAAGCUGUUAUGCAAUGUCUUCAGAAAAGGGGAUGUUUAUUUCAACACUGGCGAUUUGAUGGUCCAGGACAGUGAAAAUUUUCUUUAUUUUAGAGACAGAAUUGGUGACACCUUCAGGUGGAAAGGAGAAAAUGUUGCUACUACAGAAGUAGCGGACAUUAUUGGAAUGCUGAACUUCAUACAAGAAGCCAAUAUAUAUGGAGUGGCCAUUCCAGAACAUGAAGGAAAAGUUGGAAUGGCAUCCAUCAUAGUAAAAGCCAAUGAAACAUUAGACGUUAAGACCAUUUAUGAACAAAUUGUGACCUACCUACCUGGCUAUGCUCGUCCUCGUUUUCUAAGGCUACAGGAAAACAUGGAGAUGACUGGAACAUUCAAACAGCAAAAAUUCCGUCUUGUGGAACAAGGCUUCAAUCCAUCAGCCGUGCCUGAUCCACUUUAUUUCUUAGAUGAUUCUGAAAAAUCCUAUGUCCCACUGACCAAAGACAUUUAUGACAAAAUCUUGAGUGGCCAGAUAAAACUCUAGUUUAUCUUUAAGUUGAUGUGAACUUCUGGGGCAUGGGUUAGCAGUAGUAUGUGGUCUAACAGCAGUUCCAUCCACUUGAACUUAGACAAUUUUUAACAGCAGCUAUAAAUCCCAAUACAACGAAUAGACUGAUGUACUUCUUGGGGGGGGGGGGGGCAAUAGACGAUCUCCAGUUUAACCUAAAGCCUUACUGAACCUCACAACUGGAAAACUUUCUACUGUCCAGAUUACAGAUUGUUUUCAGCCAGAAGUAAUUGCUGACAGAUUGACAAAAGCUUAUUCCACUUUUAUUUACAGUUACGUCAAUGUAUGGGUUAUUUAAUAGUCAUGCAUAACAGUUUAAAGCUGCAGCAUUUGUGAAAGCUACUUUAAUCUAAUACACAUUCCUCAAAAUUGUCUAGAAAGGCAGUUAAUAAAGUAUCACCAUUAAUGUG